CUCGCAUUCCUCGUUGCAGCCCUUGUACCUGCACUCGACCUCAACAUCUGCCACGUCGGACGAGCCGCCCACCGCCCAGCAUGGUUGGCCCAUGGACUUAUGAAGACACGGGGAAGUACUAUCGCGAGGCCGUCAAGCGUCGGCCCAGUUUUAGCGGUAGACGGGAUAUGUUACAGUUCACCGACCGGCUGCCGUCCACGGACGACUGGACAUUACCGGUGCUCUUACAGUUGAACCGCACGUUGCGCGUGCUGUAUAAUGGGCCGUUCAACUGGGACGCUUUCAAGAAGAUCGUCAUGCAACAUAUCCUCUCCUUGACUGCUUGCUGGGACGCACCAAAGGAGGGCGCAUGGCCGCGGGAUCUCAGCAUGCGGCGUUACUUUGUCAAAUGGCGCAGGUGUGAGCCGUUCUACUUUGAGGCGGACACGCACACCGACGAGGACAUGGAGCGGGCGGCGGACCUUUUCCUCGACAUUUGGAUGGCAAACGAUCGACUGCACGCGGCAACCCCAGUACAAUUCGGCGAGGAGAAGGACUUCCCCGGCUUCACCGUGUACCGAGUGAGGGAUGAGGCUGUCACUGACGCGGAGCGGCUUGCAGCAGCGCAAUCGAAGGAGCUGUACCUGAACCUGCAAGCGCGAGGUUGGGCGCCUGAAAGGAUGGAUGAACCGCUCCAAGUUGGAGCGUCGGUUGCGCGGCCUGCAAAACUGCCUCCGCCCGCGGGCGACAUUGUGAUUUGCGGUCCCGGCAUGUGCGCGCAAUGCAUCAAAAAGCGUUACCUUGAGUGCCGUGUCCCGCAAGAUGGCGGAAAGCCUAGGUGCGUGGCAUGCCGCGUACACAAGCUUGGAUGCGAGCAUAAGGGCAAAACUAUGGAUGCGCUCAAGAAACAGUCGCUAGAAGAUGACUCGGACUCUCGUGAGGCGACACCGGACCCUAGUCAGCGUUCCCAAAGGUCAGGCUCGGAAAGCGUGGUCUCUGAGUCUAACAAGUCCGCGGCGUUGACGAACGCGUCUGCUGAUUCCGUGCCCGGUCCUUCCGGUGGUCGCAAGCGCAAAUCCCAAGGGUCGCGAGACAAGCAGAAGAAGGCGAAGCGUGCUCGGAAGUAGACAACUGUAGUACAGAGUAUUGUCUUGAACAUGUAGCAUAGAGUAUCCGUCUAUCUUGGGCAGUGGCUGAUGCGUUUGGUAUACCACAAUCGAAGGGACUUCUCCGCACCGCGCAUAACGCAAUGCAGUGUCGCGUCAGCGUACCACGGCGGCCAUAUGUGUAUGUUGCAC